CAAGAAGGAAGAAAAGCUCAACAGCAUCUUGAUGCAUGUUGGAAGCAAAUGGAUAACAGUAAGAAGAAAUUUGAAAGAGAAUGCAGGGAAGCAGAGAAGGCCCAACAGAACUAUGAAAAACUGGAUAAUGAGGUUGCUGCUACCAAAGCUGAUGUUGAAAAGGCUAAACAGCAGUUGCAUUUGCGUACGCACAUGGCUGAUGAGAGCAAGAAUGAAUACGCAGCUCAACUGCAGAACUUUAACACUGAGCAGCAGAGACAUUUCUAUAUGGCUAUGCCUCAGAUCUUUAAGGACUCCCAGAUUGUGGUAGAAGCUUUCAAAUCGGGGUUUGAACCUCCUGGAGAUUUUCCAUUUGAAGACUUUAGCCAACAUAUCUAUCGAACAGUUUCUGAAGGAGCCAUCAGUAAUACUCCGAAGCAAGACAUAGGAGGAAAGAUUGAUCCAAAACUUACAGUAUCAAAGGCUAAGGGCAAGUUAUGGCUGUUUGGAAAGAAACCUAAGUGGUCAUUGAAGCCGGGCCCUGCUAUGGAAGAUUUCAGCCACUUACCACCAGAGCAGAGGCGAAAGAGACUUCAGCAAAGAAUUGAAGAACUCAGUAAAGAACUUCAAAAACAGUCUGAUCAGCGAGAUGCACUUAACAAAAUGAAAGAUGUUUAUGAGAAGAACCCGCAAAUGGGUGAUCCUGGUAGCUUACAGCCAAAAAUAAGGGAAACAUCAAGCAACAUGGAGCGCCUCCAAAUGGAAAUACAUAAAAAUGAGGCUUGGCUUUCUGAGGUUGAAAGGAAGUUAUCUUCAAGAAGACACAGCUCUGAAGUUAAUCAUCUUGGCAGAGAAAGCCCUGAGGGGAGUUACACAGAAGAUACAAAUCAAGAACAUAGAAGUCAGCAACCAGUUCUUGAACCUCACAGCGACUUUUAUGAUGAUUUUGAAGAUGAUGAUCCUUUGCCAGCAAUUGGGCAUUGCAAGGCUGUAUAUCCUUUUGAUGGUCAGAAUGAAGGCACUCUAGCAAUGAAAGAAGGUGAAGUUCUGUACAUUCUUGAGGAGGACAAAGGAGAUGGGUGGACAAGAGCUCGCAACCAGAGUGGCGAAGAAGGCUAUGUGCCAACAUCUUAUGUAGAUAUAACUCUAGAAAAAAACAGUAAAGGUUCCUGAAUGGAGGGUUUCUAAGAAAAUGGGCGAGAUGUUGACGGUUACAUGCAGCUGCUUUUCUGGGGUGGGGAAUAUAAGAUGACAAAAAUAAGUAAGGGGAAACAAACUGCAUGAGAGCAUGCAGACUUGCAUUUCUCACUAACAUGGUCAACAUUGUCAUUAAUCAUAAACUGUUACCAGAAAGACUGGCAUGUGUUGGAACCCAUUAUAGUCCCUUCACAUUGAGCAGGUUGUUUAAACUACAGGCCUGUUGAAGGUGAAAGGGAGAAUAUCUUAGUCUGAGGUUAACUCCCCACCUGCACACUGAGGAUGGAGACUCAAGCAGGUGAUUUUGUAAACCUGGACUUGUACAUUCCAUUUUCAUUUCUUUAGAUCUUAAUUUGGCUAGGAGAUCAUGGAUUUGCAUCUUAACCACCUGCCUGUACCAUCCCACAUGCUCGCCCUAACAUGCCUCUGCAUGCCUAGAAACAUCAGCCUGUGUCUGUUAUGAUGUAUCUCAUAAUAGUGUGUAUCUUUAUUGCAGUUCAUUGUGUAAUUUAACAUUUCAUGUGUUUGUAUUCCAGUCAUGUCUUUUCCAUGUGUGCCGUAUUCUUUUGUGCUAUACCUUCUGCACCAUCUACAUUCCUUGUUGCAUUUUAGCCAUUACAGUGUAGAACAAAGGAUAUACAUUUAGCUUAGAAGAUUAGAUUCUGAAGAAUUUUCAGUAUUUUACAUGUGCCAGAGCACGUCUUGCAGAAUUGGCUUUAUGAAAUUUUCUCUUUUUUGAAAAACUGAAUUACGGGAAGCAUGAAUCAUGUGGCAUUCAGCAUGACUGGUAUACAUCACACACUACUAAGAAACGAGGACUGCUCAGAAGGUAUUCUGCUUGCUCUGUAAUCUGCCUUAAACAACAUUUUCUUCUGAAUAGUGCCUAGUUCUCUGCUGGUUGCCAGUACUACAGUAUGUUUUUUAUAAGGGCUUUGUUUUAACAUUUUUUCAUACCACUGUAUUUUUGAUUAUUCUCAGUAAUUAUCAUUCAGCUCUACAGCUGAGUUUACUUUUUCUAAUAUAGCAACUGUGGUACAACUGAACAUUUUCUUGAUGUUUAUAUUGCUUUAAUACUAAAGUAUUUUAUCUAUUUACAUCAGUUUAUUUUUUAUAAAUAUCUCCGUUUAUGGUGUUUAUAAGGGAGUUUUAUGAAUUGACUGUUAAUACUUCCUUUAGGGUAAUCUAGCCACUGCAUUGAAAUGAUGUUGAGGAUAACAUUUUGUUCUGUGCAAGGACGAAUCAAGUCUUUGUGACUUCUCUAACUGUGCACUUUCCUAUUUAAGCAUUAAUAAAAAAAUGAAUAUAUGUGUAAAAUGUCAGUCAUGUAGAGUAGCAUCCCAUCUAAUGUACUUGGUGAUUAUCCUUUCAUGCAUUUUAUAACUGAUUAACAUUAAAACUUUCUAUGCUUCUUUUAUCAUUACAAUUUUCUGAAAGGUUCUAAACAUUUUUUAAUAAAUGUGUGCCACUUUUUGUGGUACAGUAGUGGUAGUAGUCAUUUGGAUUCAAGUCCUGACACACUUUUGAAUUGAAAAAUCAUUUUUUUUUUCACAUCUAGCUAAAAGGACCAUUAUGUGAUGAUUAACAGUUAUAUUACAAGGUAUUUAAAUCACCAGUUACAUUACUAGUGUGAAAUGAAUACACCCUGCCACUUGAGGUGCAUAUGUUUGUUUUAAUAUUUGGCUGAAAUGUGGGAACUUGUAUAAAACAUAUGGUUAAUAUACUGUGAUAGUAUUCAUACGACAGAUAAACUGUGUUUCAUUUGUUUACUGCUUUAUGGUCACUUUGAAUAACCGUGGACAAGAAAAACAGUUAAGACUUAGAAGUCAAACAAAUUUUUCACGAAUCAUUAAAUACUAACAGCAUUUUUAAGUAACUUACCCUUAACAUGCUGAGUUUGGUGGAAGCAUGCUGCUCUUUUGUUUUGUUUGUGUUAGAAACUGACACUAAAACUAGAAAGGAGUUAAGACCACAAAUUGGAUUGUUUUCAGUAGUGUUGACAAUAUGCAUUUGUGAGAUGUCUUAAUGUUAUCAGAUUACCAGUUUGCAUAAUUUGUAACUCCUGUGCAGAUGUUGAUUUCUUAAUGUUAAAAACUUUGUUUAAAAUUUGUAUUCUCUAUUGAGAAUAUUUUCACGGAAUUAAAAUUUUCAUAGGCUAAAGUG